CGGUCUCCCCCCGGAGGGACCGGGAGGGACCGGGAGGGACCGGGGGGCUCCAGCCGCCCCCGGCACGCCCCACAGCGGCUCGGGGCCGCUCCGAGGCGGCUCCCGCGGCCGAUCCCGGUGCGGUUCCCGUUGCCGGCGCCGUUCCCGGUCCCGCGCUCCGGUGCGGCCGCCAUGGGCCGCCGCAAGUCCAAGCGGAAGCCGCCGCCCAAGAAGAAGAUGACGGGCACGCUGGAGACGCAGUUCACGUGUCCCUUCUGCAACCACGAGAAGUCCUGCGACGUCAAGAUGGACCGCGCCCGCAACACCGGCGUCAUCUCGUGCACCGUGUGCCUGGAGGAGUUCCAGACCCCCAUCACCUACCUGUCGGAGCCCGUGGACGUUUACAGCGAUUGGAUCGACGCCUGCGAGGCCGCCAACCAGUGACCCCGGGAGGGGACACCGGGGGGGACACCGGGGGGGACACGGCCGGUCCCCAAAGCCCGGCGGGGCCAGGACCCCCCCCGGGGCUUGGUGACAUCCCCCGGUGUCGGUGUCACCCC